GGUCCAAAUAAAAGGUCAAUUAGAGUCGGAAACUCUUGCAUACAAAAUCCAAUUCCAGAAAGGCCUCAGCUUUCGCAGCAACCGAUUCUCAACUCCGAUUCCACAGAGUUGUCUUAGUGUUAUAGACGAGUAUGGCAUCUAGCAGUGGCCAGAAUGGAAUUCAACUCCUUUUAGCUGCCGAACAGGAAGCCCAGCACAUUGUCAAUACUGCCAGGACUGCUAAACAGGCUAGAUUGAAGCAGGCCAAGGAAGAAGCUGAGAAGGAGAUAGCUGAAUUUCGUGCUUACAUGGAGGCUGAGUUUCAGAGAAAGCUUGAACAGACUAGUGGUGACUCAGGCGCUAAUGUCAAACGUCUUGAGCAAGAAACAGAUGCAAAGAUCGAGCACCUGAAAACUGAAGCAGAAAGAGUCUCCCCUGAUGUUGUCCAGAUGCUCCUGAGGCACGUAACCACAGUGAAGAACUAAGAUCUUCUGUGGGUGUAGUGGGUCAAGCUUAAUGUUCAUUUUGCAGAUUUAUGCUUCCCCCUGGUUUAUGGUUUCUCUUGCUUGAUCAGUCCAAUGGAUGUUCUCUAUUUGUAUUUUAUGUUUAUUAUCAUUAUUUAUUGUCUUGUCUGUUGAAUAAAACAACUCACUCGAGCUCGUUUCAACCUGUGUGUUGUAAACUUAGAUGAGAAACCAAGGUCAGAUGACUAGGCAUGGCUGCUUCUUAUUUAUCUAGAACUGAGGAGUCUUUGAUUCGCAAAUAUAGUUGAAUGCAAUGAACUUGUCGCUGCAUGCUUAUGUUGUACUAAGUGAUUCAGCUGUAAAGAGGAGUGAGAAUGUAUUUAAAUGAAUCAUUGCUUGGUUUUUAUGGGAAUGGUGUUGAUAAA